AUGGCGGAUUCAAACCCUCUUAACGUCUACUCUGGGCCUGACUCGAUGAAGAAUUACUUAAAUCCGGACUGCGGAUCACCGUUGCCUCUCGUUGAGAUACCGCAGGAAUUGAACCCGUUUUAUGACGAUGGCGUACGGAUAUAUGCAAAGAUGAUGUCCAUGCAUCCCGCAAACAAUGUAAAAGCUAUUCCAGAGUCAGAAGUUGUCCCUGGAAAGACCAAAACGGUGAUUGAGUACAGUUCUGGUUCGACAGUCAUCUCGAUGGCGAUGAUUGCAAAAGUGUUCCACGGAAUUGAUGACGUCAGAGCAUUCUUGAGCAAUAAAACCAGUGAUGCGAAGAUUAAGUUGAUGCAGUUCUUCGGUCUCGAUAUCACAUUGUUCGGCGGCCCUUCACAGCCGGAACCGCUAGAUGAACGUGGUGGGAUCUACACAGCGCAGAAAAUUGCCAUGGAAUCGGAAGAAGUUAUCAACCCAAACCAAUAUGAUAACAAGAACAAUUGGAGAGCGCAUGUGCGGUAUACUGGUCCCCAGAUCUUCAAGCAACUCCCAGAAAUUAAUGUUUUAUGUUCGGGUAUGGGGACUAGCGGGACCAUGACAGGGCUGGGGACAUAUUUCAAGGAAACCAAGCCGUCCGUUCUAAGAGUUGGUGUUUGCACAGCACCAGGAGACCGAGUUCCAGGACCCAGAUCAUAUGCUCUCAUGUCUCCCAUACCGUUUCCAUGGAGGUCAGCUGUGGAUGUAAUUGAGGAAGUUGGAUCCCCGGAAUCCUUCUCAUUGUCCCUUAAGCUAUGCCGACAGGGACUGAUUUGUGGCCCAUCGUCCGGUUUCAACCUACAGGGCCUGUUCCAGGUCCUGAGAAAACGCAAGGAAGCCGGAAUAUUAUCCAAUCUCGCAGGUCCAGAUGGAAAAGUGCAUUGCGUUUUCCUAUGCUGCGACCUGCCAUACCAAUACAUUCAAGAGUAUUUUGACAAGCUGCAACCAGAAGAGUUCAGCCCUAUAAAAAACGAAAGCCUUCGUAAAGUUGACAUUUACCGCUAUGAUGAACUCUGGGAAAGCCAUCCUUCUAAAAUUCUCGCAGAAUUUUACGAGAGACUUCCCGCCAGUGGUCUUCUCCAAGCGGUAGGGAGGGCAAAGGGCUUUGAUAGCCUCAAACUCAAGUCGGACCACCCACGAUGCGUGAUUGAUAUCCGCAAACCAGUCGAUUUUGACCACUGGCAUUUACCCGGAGCCAUAAAUGUCCCACUAAACACUCUUGAUAUAAAGACAGCAUCGCCGUUCUCUGAUUCCGCUGUCUUGGAGGCCCAGUGGCUGGAAUUCGAAGGCUGGUUCAGCCAGAGUGCAGAGAAUGCGUCGACCUUGCUGGCAGACCUAAAGGCGGGAAGGAUACGGGUUCUGCUUGUAUGCUAUAAUGGAGAUACGUCACGAGUGGCCACCAGCGUCUUACGAGCAAAGGGAAUCGAAGCAUGGUGUGUCCGUGGUGGCUACAAGGCUUUCGCUGAUCGUGAUUUAGAGCUGGUGGGAAUGCAGGAUGCUGAAGCAAGCACUCCAAAAGGGGUUCAUACCCUGUUGACUCCUAUCAGGAUCAAUUAG